AUGGCAGCACUACAACAGCAGCAUUAUGUGACCAGCCGGCUACAAGAAAAUAUGACUCGGAGAGAGAGAAACCAGCAGUUUAAUCGGGAUAACCUCUUACACUACCUCAGGGAAGACAAGAUAUUGGAAGCCAGUAUGGUUUGUGCAGAUCGUGUUGAAAACAGACGACACCUGAGGAAACUGAAUAACGAGUACUAUGAGAGGAAUUUAGAGAAUGCCAUUGAGAUGGAAAAAAACGAAAAAGAGAUCAAAAGAAAACAACUUGAAAGAGAUGAACUGAUGGCUAAAGAACACAUAAGAAUAGAAAAUGAAAUUCUAAAAGAUGAAAAAAUUAGACAACAAGCAAGGGAGAACAGUGAAGAGAUCCGUGAACUGGAACUAAAGCUGAAAUGUGCCUAUGUGUUCAAAGAAAGAGCAGAACAAAUGGCAAAAGCCAAAGCCAUAAAAUGUGAGCAACUAAAGCAUGAAGCUGAAAUGGCCAAGAAAAUGAAAUGCGAGUUUGAAAGAGAAACAGAAAAGGCGAAGAAGCAGCUAGAAAAGAAGCAGUUUGAAGAGAUGAUGAAGUAUCAGGAAGGUCUAGAGGUACAGCUUGAAGAAGAUGAGAAGAAGAGGCAAGAUCAGUUGGAGGAAUUUUUGAAAGAGAAGAUGAUGGUUGAUGAAAUUGUUAGAAAGAUCUAUGCAGAAGAUCAAGAGCAGAGGCGCAAAAAAUUGGAAAAAAUGAAGACCGCCUGGCAGGAUAUUGAUGAUUUUGCUCAACAACAAGCAGUGUGGAGACGUAGAGAACUUGAAAAAAUGGAAGAGGAAAACAAGCGAAUAAUAGAAUUCAUGAAGUUAAAGCAACACAGAGAAGAGACCAGAAAGGCCCAACAGAACGAAAGAAGCGAAAGAAAGCAAGUUUUGCAGCAACAGAUUGCCCAACAACUUAAAGCAGAACAGAAACAACGUGAAGAAGAAGAGCAGUUCAUCCUGGACUUGUGCCAUCAUGAAAAAGAUGAGGCUGAAAGGCAGAAAGAAAUUCAAGACAUGGAGAACAGAAUUCGCAAGCGGCUCGAGCUGAAGCAGAUAUUCCGUGAUCAAAUAGAUUUUAAGAAAUUGAGGAGGCAGGCUGAAAAAGAGGAAGAAGAUGAAUACAGACGGCAGUGGAUGGCUAAUUUUGCAGAAGAGGACCGUAUUGAGCAAAUGAAUGCCCAAAAGCGGCGAAUGAAACAGUUAGAGCAUCGCAGGAUCAUUGAGAAUAUUCUGGAAGAACGAAGACAGAGACUCUUGACAAUCAAAGAGCGAGAAAAAGAGGAGUAUAAAAAUGAACUCAAGUGGGAAGCUGACCGCCUUCAAAUCAUUGAGGAAGAAAGACACAAUCUCCUUAAACAGCAUGCCACUAAACUUCUGGGAUUCCUUCCUAGCGGUAUAUUCAAAGGAAAGGAAGAUCUGGAGCUUUUCGAUGAAGAUUUUCAGAAGAAUUUCCUGAAGAAAGACCCGGAGACGAUUUUGCAUGCGGCUGGAGACAACAAAUAA